CCGUUUUUUCAUCAAUUCAAACUAAUGCGCAGCAACCUCCAUUAAAGCCGGAGCCGGGACCUCGAGAGAGUGCAUGCCUUGCAGCUUAUGGAAAUAAAGUAUAUGUAUUUGGUGGGACUGGUAAUGAUGCACAGAAUAGUUGGUUCAGUUAUGUUGAGGCUCCAUUUGAUACUUCAAAAUUGAAAUGGGUCGCAAUGCCUACGACUGGCUCACAUAAUGCGAGUAGCAGACCGGCUUGUGGUGUGACUUCUUCUGCUGUAUUAAUAGUGACAGGUGGAGGAACAAUUACUGACCUGAAUUAUAAAGGUAUACAAGCCUUUGAUCUAACCAAAGGAACAAGUGGCACAUGGUAUACGCCACAAACUACAGGCCUUGAUACUGUUAAAUACCUCACGUAUCGUAAUAGCCACAGCCUUGUUAUAUUUACUACUUCUGCUGGUGAAGAAGUACUAUUUCAAUUUGGUGGAUCUCCGUCAAAUGAUACAUACUUACUUCAUAUUUCCAAUAUGACAUGGGAAACGAUACCAUUAGACAAAACAACUCCACCACCAAAUGGACUGUUUGGUAUGACGUAUUCUAAAGAUAAUGUGUACAUAAUUGGUGGAAGUUCGGAUUUUAAUGGCGGUUUAUUCGCCGAUGUAUGGGGAUUCAAUGUUCCCACGCGAAAAUGGUUUGAUCCAAAAGCAUCAAUGCCUACCGGAUGGUUAAAUGGACAUGUAGGACAUCUAAAUGAUACUUUUUAUAUAGUUUCCGAUGACAGUUCUGGUCCAUCUGGAAUGAGAGUUUGGACGUUAUCAAACAAUUCUUUUGAUACUUACAAUUCUGGACCUAUGUCCACAGUAGGUCAUGCUUAUUGUGCUAGUACACAGCUUGUUGGCAGUGACGCUUUAAUUACCUAUGGUGGAAGCACAAAAAAUAGUAGUGCGCUUGGUGAUAUAAACACCUAUCUUGGAAAUACAGCCGAUAUGUUAAUCUUCAACAUGACUCAAAGAGCGUGGGUUACUACCUAUAACUAUGUGACAGAUGCACCAAUGGACAAAUUUGUUGGUGGUCCUUUGGCACUUAAUCAGGAUGACCCAUACUUAAAAUCCCCCUCUUCCGUUUCACAAGGAAAUAGUACCAGCAAAAAUAGUCCAGCAGGCAAUUCAGAAAAUUCAACAAGCAAUAAUUCAUCUAUGAGGGUCUAUCGGGUCUAUCGAAAGAAAAAGAAUGAAAAAUCAAAAUUACACUCGUUCGAAAAAGGCGAUGAUUUUGACCAAAAUCCUUCGUUAGAUCAUAAAUCCAAUUUAAAAGCGUAUCAUCCGGCUCAAUUUAAUUUAUCUUCCGAUAAAGAUCAUGAUAUUCCAAAACUCGGUUUUUAUUCAAAUUCAAAUUCGUCAAAUUCUACAUUGACAACAUUAACAGGAGCUCCGCAUACUAUACGUGUACACGUACCUACUUCCAACACUCGAUUUAAAGAUGAAGUAUUUAGUCGUCAUAAGCUUAACGCUAUGGUUUAUGAUCAACCUGAUGUUGUUCUAGUAACGCCAUCUGCACCUACUGGAACUAUCAUCCUUCAACGUUAUAAACUUUGCGGAAAUUCAGCUUAUGGUGGUAAUAAUACUAUACGUCAGGCUAUUGAUGAACAAACAGAUGAUCAAGUUGCUAUCAAAUUCUUUCAGAAUUCUGAAUCUUUUGAACGAGAAGUUGUUAUGCUUAAAUACUUGCGCUCUCGUCAUGUCGGUGAAUUGUUAGCACUAUAUGAACUUCCGUCAAAAAAAGAUUGGCCAUAUGUAAUAAUAUUAAAUUAUUAUCCUCAAAGCAUGGAUAAGUUAAUUAUAACCAAACUAUCCUCAAUGGAUGUUCUGUAUAUUAAACUGUUAAUUAAAUCGAUUACACAAGCAAUUCAUUAUCUUCAUACCCAUAAUGUUGCUCAUUUGGACAUUAAACCCGGUAAUUUUGUACAUGAAAAGGAUGAUCUUACAUCAUGGCGUCUUGUGGAUUUUGAAGCUGCCAGAUUUGUAGGAGAGGAAUGGGUCGAUGAUUGCUCACCUAUGUAUUGCCCACCUGAGGUAUUAAAUGCGGCUCAUAAUAAUCAGUCUAUAGUUGCUUCAACUUCAAUGGAUAUAUGGUCACUGGGUUGUAUAAUUUUUGAACUAUAUACAAACACACCACUUUUCUAUUCUGAAGAAGAAGCCAUUGACAAAUUAACUAAAAGUUUUGCCAAAGGAGAGUUGGUAGAUUUUCCACUCAAUAAAAUUCCUGAUCAGCAAGCUAGAAAUAUUUUGUCAAAAAUGCUGGCUAUUAAACCAUCAGAAAGAAUUUCGUGCGAACAAAUUCUUCGUUCAGCCUUUUUAAAUUCAGGUUUGGACACUAAACAGUUGACUUCACUACAUAACGAGUCAACCGAUCGUAUUAUUACAGCAGUAAACCAAAAUACCAACACAAUUCUCUCAACCCUACAAGAAACAACAAAUCUUAUCCUCAAACAAAUUGAUGCAGUAGUCAAUAGUAUAACCGACACGGUAGAUGCAGCAAUACCACGUUUAUAUGUUUUAUUACCAGGUCAAGAAGAUCCAAAUAAUCAGGGAGCACAUUUUACAAAUCAUGUGGGUUACAAAAUCCAUGAUCCAAAGCCUUUAUUAAGAAAGGCAGGACCAUAUCUUUCUAUAAUGGCGACAAUAGUCUCUGCAGGGGUUGGUCAUGCUUUUCGUAUGAAUAUGCCACCUAGCAUAUGUGACAUAAUUUCUAGCGCUGCAAUUCGACCUACUGAAUAUUUUAAACAACUUACACAAAUUCUUGAUUCAGAGAUUACAUAUUCAGAACAAACGAGAGAUAUUGAGAAAACAAAAAAAGACCCUGUUGGUCGAAUGAAAGUUGUUCAAGGUGCUGCGUUACGAGAACUUGAGACUUUUUUAGCUAUGAAUGAUCAAGGAAAAGAAUGGGGUGGUCUCACACGUGUUGUGAUGGAAAAUGGACGAUGGCGAUGGGUGUGUGAACAUUGCUAUAAUCGGUCGAACACUUAUGAAAAUUCUUUUUAUUCGGUUGAUGAAGACGAAGAUUUUGGGAUGGCAAUAUGA